AUGCAUACGCUCUUCAGCGAUCAGAACUCCUUCUCGCGCCAUUACGCGCAGACCGCCGGCUACCCCAGCGCCGCAACUGCCGGCGCUAUGACAACUGCCUCGGCGGCCGCCGCUGCCCAUUACGCGUACGAUCAGUAUUCGCGCUACUCCUACCCGGCGAGCGCUUACGGUUUGGGCGCACCCCACCAAAAUAAGGAGAUCGUCAAGCCGCCCUACUCCUACAUCGCGCUCAUUGCCAUGGCCAUUCAGAAUUCCGCCGACAAAAAGAUCACCUUGAAUGGCAUUUACCAGUACAUAAUGGAGCGCUUUCCCUACUAUCGCGACAACAAACAGGGCUGGCAAAAUUCGAUACGACACAACCUCAGCUUAAAUGAGUGCUUCGUGAAGGUGGCGCGCGACGAUAAGAAGCCCGGUAAGGGCUCGUAUUGGACGCUCGAUCCCGAUUCGUACAACAUGUUUGACAAUGGUUCGUUUUUGCGACGGCGUCGCCGUUUCAAGAAGAAGGAUGUGAUGCGCGAAAAGGAGGAGGCCAUGAAACGGCAGGCGAUGAUGAAUGAAAAGCUGGCCGAAAUCAAGCCCCUUAAACUGAUGACAAAUGGCAUUUUGGACCACAAGCACAUGGCUGCCCAUGCCCACUUCAAGAAGGAACCGAUCAUGGAACUAGGUUGCCUCACCGGCAAAGACAUGCACACUGGACUGAGCACC